CAGUGACAUGGGAAAAUAACCUCUGCAAGGUGAUCUAUCUGUGUAAGAGUUUUCACAGCUAACUAGAGCUUGGUUUCAGAAGAGACCGAAGGAGUGGAGUUAAUGCUCUUUCUGGAAUUAUCCCUCUGGGGAAAACAAGGAAGUCAUCCUGAAUACUAUUUGGAGAGCAGAGGGCUGCUGGACACCAAAGGAGAGUCCCCACAGAGAAAAACCAGAGAGAAACAGCAAAGAGGGACCUGCAUAGGAGGUGUGGCUGACAAUGGCAGAACAUAAUGCCCUGUUGUGUCCUGCCUUGGAUAAGGUGGCUGGUGAAGAGUUCUUGCAGAAAGCAUUCCAGAUCAUGCUUGAGGAAGGUGUAAGGAAAGGGAUGGAUGCCUCUGAAAAGGUGUGCGAUUGGAAGGAACCUGAGGAGCUGCAGCAAAUCCUGGACCUGGAUCUAAAAGACGGAGGGGAGCCGCAGGAGAGAUUGCUGGACCGCUGCCGGGAUGUUAUCAGAUACAGCGUGAAGACAUGUCACCCGCGAUUUUUCAACCAGUUGUUUUCAGGACUUGAUCCCCAUGCUUUGGCCGGACGGCUGAUCACAGAGAUGCUCAACACCAGCCAGUACACGUAUGAGAUCGCCCCUGUGUUUGUACUGAUGGAGGAGGUGGUUCUGAAGAAGCUGCGGGAGCUGAUUGGCUGGGAGGAAGGGGAUGGGCUCUUUAGUCCUGGGGGCUCAAUCUCUAACAUGUAUGCCAUGAAUGUGGCACGAUACCACCGCUUCCCAGAUUGCAAGCAGAAGGGUAACUGGGCAAUACCGAAACUGGCAGUGUUCACUUCGCAGGAGUGCCAUUACUCCAUCCAGAAGGGAGCUGCUUUCCUGGGAAUUGGCACAGACAACAUCUACCUUGUUGCUGUUGAUGAAAAGGGAAAAAUGAUCCCUGCUGAUCUGGAGAAAAAGAUCAACCAGGCCAAAUCUGAGAGGGCAUUCCCCUUCUUUGUCAACGCCACCUGUGGCACCACCGUCCUGGGAGCCUUCGACCCCGUGGCUGAGAUUGCAGAAGUGUGCGCAAGGCACAAGGUCUGGCUUCACGUUGAUGCUGCAUGGGGUGGCAGUGCCCUCCUCUCCCAGAGGCACCGGCACCUUCUGAAUGGGGUCGAGAGGGCAGAUUCUGUGGCUUGGAAUCCCCACAAAAUGCUUAUGACUGGGCUGCAGUGUUCUGCCUUCCUGCUCCGAGACAACUCCGGCCUGUUGCAGAGAUGCCACUGCGCCGAAGCCACUUACCUAUUCCAGACCGACAAGUUCUACAACAGGACUUACGACAGGGGGGACCAGACCAUCCAGUGUGGCCGCAAAGUCGACUGCUUCAAGCUGUGGCUGAUGUGGAAGGCCAAUGGCUCCAAGGGUUUAGAGCAGAGAGUUGACAGGGCCUUCGCCAUCACCAGGUAUCUGGCUGAUGAGAUUAAGAAGAGAGAAGGCUUUCAGCUGGUGAUAGAGCCGGAAUUCAUCAAUCUGUGUUUUUGGUACGUGCCUCCCAGCCUACGCGGGAAGGAGGGAUGCACAGAUUACUGUCUGAGAUUGGGCAAGGUGGCUCCUAUGAUCAAGGAGCGGAUGAUGAAGAAAGGAUCCAUGAUGGUGAGCUACCAGCCACUCGGCAAUAGAGUCAACUUCUUCCGCCAGGUGGUGACUAACCCUGCAGUCACCCGAGAAGACUUGGACUUCUUCCUCGACGAGAUCGAGAGGCUCGGAAGAGACCUGUAGCAGCUCCGCUUCUCCCUGCGGCCCACUUCUCUGGACCCUUUGGCAAUGAGGGUGGGACUUUACACCUGAAAUCCAGGAGCCUUCGGUUUUCUUUCUCCACUGCCUCCCUCUGCAAACCUUACAAGAAGCAACAGAAGCUGCAACUCGCCAGGGCCUCCAGCUCGCUUUCCCCCGUUCUCACCUCACCCCUCUUCACAUAAACAUCAAUGAGAUCUGGAACGCGACCCACCGGGCCUUCCUUCUUCAGCAAGGGGAACAGCCGAGGCUGCUGCAAGGAGCCUUAUGCAAG